AUGGACCCGCUCUCUCUGACGACCAGUAUUCUUUCGAUCCUAUGCCUCAGUGUCACUGUCGUCCAAUACAUCAAUGAUGUCAAAGACUCCCAAAAAGAUCGCAUUCGUUUGCGUGAUGAGAUCACCAGUGCGAGCGGACCGUUGUACAUGCUCUGCGACCGUAUCAAACAAGAGCAGGCGCGCAUGAGUGGCGGGCCAGACGUGUCUGGCACCACCUGGAUGUCGUGUGUCAUGGAGCUUGGAACGCCGAAGGGGCCGCUGGAGCAGUAUGAGGAAGUUCUCCGUGAACUAGAGCGUCGACUGGCGCUCCCCAAGGGGAGAGAAAGAUCCGUGGCAAACUUAGGAAGGCUCUUGGCUUGGCCAUUCCAGAGGAGUGAUAUCGAGCGUUACGUAUUGGUCAUUGAGCGGAAAAAGUCUCUGUUCCAAUUGGCGCUGCAAAACGAUAACAUGUACGUCGCUGAUUUGGAGUUCACACAGCCACGUCAGAUCGCUGACGGGUUCUCUAGGACAUUGACCCAAGCUAUAAAGAACGACACCAAGUUGAUACAUGAAAUCGCUCGUGAGGUUGCAGAAAUUGCGGUGAAGAUCGGCAAGAUCACCGCAAACGAUAAUGUCAGAGAAACUCGUGCUAUUAUCAAUUGGCUCUCCCCUCUAGACUUUUCCCGCGUUCAAGAUUCAAUCUUUGCGCGUCGAACACCUGGCACCGGAUUAUGGUUUCUUGGUUCUCCAAUGUACCAGUCCUGGAUCGAUAGCGCGGGAGGCACAAUGUGGUGCCCGGGAAUACCCGGUGCGGGCAAGACCUUGAUGUCGUCUAUUGUGGUCAACGAUCUUCGUGACCGAUUUGAUGCAGUACCAGGCGUCGGCAUCGCAGCAAUCUACUGCAACUAUAAGGAAAGGUUGGAGCAAACCGCAGUCAACCUCCUUUCUGGACUUUGGUUGCAGCUUGCGCAGGGAAGUGGUCAGCUAAGUGACGAUGUGAAAAGCCUCUACCGCAAGCACGUUGACCGCAAUACCCUUCCAACAUUGGCGGAGGUCGAGAUGGUUGUAAGCAAGGAGGUUGGGCGAUAUCAAAAGGUUUUUGUCGUUGUCGAUGCCCUUGAUGAGUGUCAUUGGUCGUUACGGAUGGACUUGCUUGAAACCCUUCAAACGUUGCAACCCAAGGUGAACUUGCUCGUCACCUCGCGAUUCGAUGACAGCAUAGCACAUUCCUUCGAAGAAUCUUCAACGUAUGAGAUUGAAGCACGCACUGAAGACUUGCUCAUCUAUAUCUCGAGUCGAAUUUCUGGUCAGUUGACAAGGCAUGUCAAGAGAGAUCCCUCCCUAGCCGGCGAGAUUGAGAAAGUGGUUGUUGAAAGGGCAAAGAACAUGUUCCUGCUUGCUCGACUCCAGCUCGACUCCCUUCAAGAAAAAUGCACUCCUAAGGCCGUUCGAAAGGCGCUUGCUAUGCUACCAAACGACCUCGACGGGAUGUACGAUGAAACCCUUCUCAGGAUCGAAAAUCAAAGCAAGGACUACAAAGAGUUAGCGCUACAGAUACUGGAAUGGAUUGUGUUCGCUGUCAGGCCAUUAACAGUGAAUGAGCUCCAAAUAGCGCUGGCGGUAGAGAAUGGCACUCAAGAGAUCGAUGAAAGCAAUUUCGUUGAUCCGGAGCUUCUCACGUCAGUGUGCGCAGGUCUUGUCAUCUUGGACCAGGCUAGCAGUGUGAUCCGUUUGGUUCACUACAGCACCCAGGAAUACUUCAGGCGCAUGCGACUUUCACGAUUUGCGAAUGCUCAAUUUCAUAUCGGAAGUACCUGUUUAACAUACCUUAGCUUUCGAGAAUUUGCAGACGGAGCUUGUUCAAAUGAUCGAGCUGGCAGGGUAAGAAUGCGUAAGCAUCGCUUGCUUCACUAUGCUGCUCAACAUUGGGGUGACCACUGUCGUGACGACUCCGAGAGAGAGUUGAAAACCCAAAUCUUUCAAUUCAUCGAUAACGAAGCACAAGUAUCAAGCGCGGUGCAGGUUAUGCAUCUGACUGCGCCGACCCGUUUCCCCGAGAUCAUGUCUAGACUACACUUAGCCGCUCAUUUUGGCCUCGAGGAGACUGUGGAAACCUUACUUCAAAAUGGAGACAGCGUCUCAGCGCGUGAUGGUUUUGGAGCGACGGCGUUGCAUAGAGCAGCCGAAACCGGGCAAAAGAAUGUGGUUAAACGUCUCCUCGAACAAGGUGCUGACAUCGAAUCGCGCGACUCGAAGGGACAUAGAGCGAUCCAUAGGGCAACAAUUGGUGGAAGAACAGAGACCGUGUUGUUCUUGCUGGAUAAAGGGGCUAAUGUUUCCGAGGCCAUCGAUGGAAGAACCGCACUACAUUUCGCCGCAGAAACUGGAAAUAAAGAAAUCAUCACAGCGCUUGUGAAGGCGGGUGGAGAAGUUGAUACCGUGUCUUAUAAUGUAGGCGAGAACAACUGGCAGAAGAAGUUCUUUGCGGGCAGGACACCCUUACAUUGGGCGGCGCAAAACGGGCAUCUGGUUGUUGCACAAGUCCUAGUCGAGCAUGGUGCCAGGGUAAACGCACUGAACAGCACGAAUCGGACGCCAUUGCAGGAGGCCAUCAUGUUCAGUCAUGUACACAUGGUCAGGUACUUGCUGGAGGAAGGUGCAUCUGUUACCACUGAGGACGACUGCGGCUGGACGCCAUUACACGAAGCAGCCUGGCAAGCAACGCCAGAAAUAGCCAAAAUGCUCAUCGAGCAUGGCGCCUACAUUGAUUCGACAAAUAUCGACACUCCGGCGGACGCGAAAUUACCUGGAGUUGAGGUUAGCAUUGGUGAAGACGGAUGUAAGCCUUUUCACCUGGCUACGUACAUCCAGCUCAUCGAUCAAGGAACAGAAGAAAUCGACAAUGCAACCGUUGACAGCCCCCAAGACCGCAAAGUUCCUGAAUUCAGGUUGAACAUGGGCCAAGUCGGAUGUACGCCGCUUCACCUGGCGGCGAUACGUGGCGAAUUCGAGCUCUUUGAAUUGCUUAAAUUGCACGGUGCGAAUAUCGAGUUCUGCGAUAGCUCCGGUUUGACUCCUCUGCACCGUACAGUCCAAGCCGAACGGUCCGAUGGUACCCUACAGAUUAUCAAAAGCUUGCUCGAUGCAGGUGCCGAAAUCGACGUGAGAGACAAGAGACGUCAAGAAACGACUCUGCAGAUGGCUUCACGGCUGGGAAGAGUUGAUCGGAUUGAAUACCUUCUUCAAAGAGGAGCAAACCCCGAGGCAAUUAAUCGCUUUGGCGAAAAUUCACUUCAGCUUGCAGAAGCGGCCGGACAUGCAGAGGCGGCAAGGUUGAUCUUAGAGUAUCAGACGCGUCCCUAG